GGACAAGAGGUGCUGGCUUCUCACUAAAGAAGAGCCGAGAGAUACCCGCGCGUUCCGGUCGCGUGUUGUUCAGCCCCCACUCCCCGGGAUCACGACUCUCACAAAUGGAGCUGACCCCAAAGUUCAACAAUGGGGUCUCGAAGGUAAAAUUGGAGGCCCCUGAUGCUGCGUGUCUGCCAGAACGGGGUCAGUUUCCGCACCAGUACCACUGCAGCGAGUCUGCAAAUCACUCUGCAUUAGGAGAUGCAGCAGCAAGCACCCUCACGCUCCAUGUCAAGGAGGAACCUAAUGAUGCUUGUGAUCCAACGUUGCCGACGGGCCUGAAGUGCGACCUCGUUCCAGCUACAUUCUCCCAGUCUCUGAGUGCCAAGAACCAUAGUGUGGAGCGCACUGGCGAGAUACCCUAUAAGUGCGGCCCCUGUCCUGCAGCAUUCAGCCGCGAGAAAUCCUUCCGGCGACAUCCAUGGACACACGCGGCAUUCAGCCGCGAGGAGGACUUGAGGCUACACACGUGGACACAUGCAGGCGAGAAGCCGUACAAGUGCGAUAUUUGUUCUGCGGUGUUCAGCAGGAACUCGCUGCUACGCGAACACAGUUGGGCGCACACGGCUCUGACUCAGCACAAGAACUCACCAAUCCAGGCCCAUCCCAUCGACCAUGUCCAACGACGCCUCUUUCAGGGGCAUUGCAAACAACAAGAGACGCCAUACAAGUACGAUGCCUGUCCUGGACCUGCAGUGCUAAACUUGAGCAUGAACCUGCAGCAUCGCAAACAGAUACACAGGAGGGAAGCUAUACAAGCGCGUCUCUGUUCUGCAGAGUUCAGCCUGACCAAGGACAUGCAGCAACGCAAAUGGGCGCACACAAGAGAGAAGUCACACAAGAGCGAUCUCUGUCCUGCAGAGUUCAUCCUGAACACAAACCGGCAGCCGCUAAGCUUCAGCACGAACCUGCAGCACCGCAAAAGGACAUACAUAGCAGUGAAGCCAUACAACCGCAACCUAUGUCCUCUAGAGGUCAGCCUGACCAAGAACCUGCAGCGUCGCAAACGGACGCACACAGAAGAGAAGCCACGCUGGGUCCAGCGUGAGCACGAACCUACAGCAUCGCAAACACAAGAGACGCCAUACAAGUGCGAUCUCUGUCCUGGACCUGCAGUGCUAAGCUUGAGCAUGAACCUGCAGCAUCGCAAGCAGACACACAGGAGGGAAGCUAUACAAGUGCGAUCUCUGUCCUGCAGAGUUCAGCCUGACCAAGGACCUGCAACAUCGCAAACGGACGCACACAGGAAAGAAACCACUCAAGUGCUAUCUAGGUGCCGCAGAGUUCAGCUUGAACCUGCAGCAUCGCAAACGGGCGCACACUGGAAAGAAACCACUCAAGUGCUAUAUAGGUGCCGCGGAGUUCAGCUUGAGCAGGAACCUGCAGCAUUGCUGACUGGCGCACACAGGAAAGAAACCACUCAAGUGCUAUUAGGUGCCGCAGAGUUCAGCUUGAGUACGAACCCGCAGCAUCGCAAACGGGCGCACACAGGAAAGAAACCACUCAAGUGCUAUCUAGGUGCAGCAGAGUUCAGCUUGAACCUGCAGCAUCGCAAACUGGCGCACACAGGAAAGAAAACACUCAAGUGCUAUCUAGGUGCCGCAGAGUUCAGCUUGAGCACAAACCUGCAGCAUCGCAAACACAAGAGACGCCAUACAAGUGCGAUCUCUGUCCUGGACCUGCAGUGCUAA